UUUGUGCUCGCUGCCCAGGAAAGGAGCCUCAUUGACGCGCAUGGGGUUUUGGUGCAAUGCGAAUUAUCUCUGAAGUCAUUAUUGAGUUAGUGCUGUCAGGCUGAGCAGGAGCUCACCCCCGGCCACAGGGUGCUGUCCCCAUAACAACACGCGCUAAUCCUCCCCUGGUAGCACCGUAGCUGUAGGGGGAGCCCAGCCUGGCAGCACCACCCCCUGCUCGUGUGUGAUAACACUGCCAUGCACUGCUGUCUGUGGAGAGGGAGCUCUGUGUGACAGGGGAUACCUGCUGUGCCAGCGCCACAUCCUACCGCCGAGAAAGAACCUGCAGGGUAACCGUCCGGUCGUUUCUUCAGACCGCUUGACGCUACUUAUUUGAACAAGCAGGAAGUGUUUAGUAGAAGAGGACGGGGCACCGAGAGGUGAACUCUUGCUUUGUGGGUGACAUCCGAAGUCUGACUUGUUGACAUGGCUCGGGAGCAUGGAGAUAACAGCACGUCCUGGAAGAAGCAGGUGGAGGACAUCAAGAAGAUUUUUCAAUUCAAGGAGGUUCUUGGCUCGGGAGCAUUUUCAGAAGUCAUUCUAGCUCAAGAGAAACAGACCGGUAAACUUUUUGCUGUGAAGUGUAUUCCAAAGAAAGCACUAAAGGGGAAAGAAAGCAGCAUAGAAAAUGAAAUUACAGUUUUGAAAAAGAUCAAACACGAGAACAUCGUUGCCUUGGAAGACAUCUAUGAGAGUCCAAGUCAUUUGUAUCUGGUCAUGCAGCUGGUGUCUGGCGGAGAACUGUUUGACCGAAUCGUGGAAAAGGGGUUUUAUACAGAGAAAGAUGCAAGUACGCUCAUCCGACAAGUGUUAGAUGCUGUCUUCUAUCUUCACAGACUUGGAAUCGUACACCGAGAUUUAAAGCCGGAAAAUCUACUAUAUUUCAGUCAAGAAGGAGAGUCAAAAAUUAUGAUAAGUGAUUUUGGUCUCUCAAAGAUGGAAGGUAAAGGAGAUGUGAUGUCCACAGCCUGUGGAACACCUGGGUAUGUUGCUCCAGAGGUCCUAGCCCAGAAACCAUAUAGUAAAGCAGUAGACUGUUGGUCCAUUGGCGUAAUUGCAUACAUUCUGCUUUGUGGGUAUCCGCCUUUCUAUGAUGAAAAUGAUUCAAAAUUGUUUGAACAGAUUCUGAAGGCAGAUUACGAAUUUGACUCUCCAUAUUGGGAUGAUAUAUCAGAUUCAGCUAAAGACUUUAUCAGCCAUUUGAUGGAAAAGGAUCCAAACAAGAGAUACACUUGUGAACAAGCCCUGAGACAUCCAUGGAUUGCUGGAGAUACAGCCCUCUGUAAAAACAUACAUGAAUCUGUAAGCGCUCAAAUCCGUAAAAACUUUGCGAAAAGCAAAUGGAGGCAAGCAUUUAAUGCUACUGCAGUAGUGAGACACAUGAGAAAAUUGCACCUUGGAAGCAGCCAAGACAGUUCAAGUAUGUCCAGUGGACACAGCCCUGCAAGCCCUCUUCCAGAUGGAACAAGUCACAAAGACUGUAAGUCUCCAUCCAGCCCAUAUAGCUUCCUAUCUGGAGUAACCUCAUCUUCGGCUAUUACAGCAGUAGGUGGUGAUCGUAGGCCAAGACCAGCCUCAAUCACAACAGUGCAUUCUGGAAGCAAAUAAGCAGCCAAAGAUUGAGUCAGGGAGUUGACUCUCUUCAUUUGAUUUAAUUCUGAAUUGUGCACUGCAGGAUGGACUCAUAGUACAUAAAAGGAAUUUUUUAUGGCCAUAUUUUAUACUUCAACAGAGAUGGUUUCAUGUAUAAUAAACUGCAAUGGCUCCAGCUCCAAUAAGGCAAAAUAGUUUGACUGUAUCUGGUGCUGCAUGAGUCUUGCAAUAUUCUUACUACUGGACAUUACUUUUUUCUGAUAAUUUGCUUUUUUCUCAACGUGGGUAUCGGUAUUGUAUAUGUUGUAUUUUUUCAUUAAUUGAGGUUUCAACUGGAUUAUUUAAUUACUACUGAUUUUGGUGGUUUACUUUAUAUUUUUAUGCUAAUAUGAUAUUUUGCAUUGAAAUCAUGGUGUUCUUUUUUUCUUUUUUUCCUUGCACAGAAUAUUGUAAGUAAAGUAUGAGAAUCUGAAAGAAAAAAACAUAUUUUGUGAAUGACAACACUGGAACAUAUUCCAGCAUGGAAGCAAUCACAUCUUUUUAAGAAAUGGCAUUCAAUUUUGCCCCUCCCCUGAUUUCUCAUUUGUGGUUAAAACACCAACUUUAAGGAAAACACAUUGAUUGCCUAUCUUUAGGAAUAGGCCCCAAUGUGACACUAGUCCGACCUGACUGAUCAGCAGAAUAGAAGGGCUGUGUUCCUCCUGCACUUGAAUGGGGCUGAGGUGCAGUGAUAGACGCAGCUGGAUGUACGGAAGCACCAGGGUGCCUGGAUAAACAUUGAAAGGGUCGGAGCGCUGCCUUCAUUGUGUUUGGGGGUGGGGUACCCCAUAGAUCUUAAGAAUAGACUAUUUAAUAUAUUCUCAGAAAACCCUUUAAUGGCUGCUCUAAACAUUACACACUUCUUUGUGUUGCAAAUUGGUGAAGGGGUUGUUACACUAAACAUUUUUUUUUCUAUGUGCAGAUAUUUCCUUAAAAAGUGCAUACCGUACAUUUACAGUGGUAAUACCACUAAUGUACUUUCCCUGCAUUCUGGUUACCUGCCACUAAACAUGAGUUUUUAUUCACCAAAAUAUGUUUCAGGUUCCUUUCUGGGCAAAUUAAAGUGUAUUAAAAAGGGCUUUGUAAUUAGCUGUAAGGACCUUGCUCUGGUAAUAUAUUUUACAAAAAGAAAAAAAUGAUUCAAAAUCUAAAGUUGAAAUAUAGUAUUUGUGAAAUUGUGUCAAAUGUUUUAUCUGCUAUUUUGCACAAAACUAUGCUCUUACAGAAAUUGCUAUUUGCAGUCAAUUUCACAUUGUUCCAUAAUUUAGGACUACAAAAAUUAGACUUUCCCCUAUUUGUUCAGAAGUUCUAAAUCUGCACAAAAUAAAUGCGCCUAUACAUAUUGUAUUUGAUUUUAAAAACCAAACAAGAUCUAAUCUAUUGAAAACUUGCAGUGUGGGUUGUUAAAGAUAAUAGGGGGUUAUAAUUAGCAGACAGAUAUCUUCUUAUUAUAUUUAUAAGCUUAAUUUGCUUAAGUUAGAUGAUAUAACGUCAUGCAAAAGUAUUUAGGUAUACUUUAGGUCAUUACUUAUACCUUUUCUUUGUCAUGUAUUAUUUUGAAUCAUUUGGGAAAACUUUAUUUUACUUUGUGCUUUUCUUUUUUGUUAAGAAUAUCCUAUUUUUAAUAUAUUUUUGUUACUAUUAUCUUGUAUUUAGGGAUCGAAAAUAUGGGAAAAUUGUAGACACAGCAAAUACUUUAACUAAGGAAAUUAUUUUUGUUAGUAAUAGAUUUUGUAAAGUGCUCACAACCAAACACUUGUGCAAUAGAACAUUUACACAAUUUAGAAAAUGACAACUAAAGGUAGUAGUAGGGAAAUAGAAAAUUAUUGUUAUGAAUACUACUUCUACUUUUUUAGCAUUUUUUUCUAUCACUACUACUGUGUUUUGGAAGAUAAAUGGAAUAAAUGCAUAUUAAAGAAGCUCUCCAGGAAAAAAAAAAUGUUAAUAUGGAUAAAUUCCUAAAUGCCUUUAUAUCAUUUUUAAUUGCUUGUUUUGUCUAUGGAUGAUCAGUAGAAGAAUUAAA